AUGGCUCGAAAAAACUAUAAUUGGUCGUGGGUUCUGCACAAGUUGUUGGAUUUACGUCCUCAAUUGCAGCGGUUUAGAAACUCCCAGAUUGGUGAUGGACAUGAUUCAAAUGCUUGGGAAGAUAAUUGGCUCUCUUGUGGACAUCUAUCUUCCUUCAUUUUCUAUAGAUUCGUUCAUUCAAGUGGAUUCUCGACUAAUACUACAGUUCGGGAGUAUAUUCAAAGACUGGAUGGGGUGUGGCCGACUGAUUGGUGUCUUAGCUAUGCUGUGCUUGCUAAUUCUCCAUUACCGUCCUUGCAUGAAUUAGUUCGUGAUAGAGUAUUAUUGGUUGAUAAUCAUAACUCCGGUGUAGAGUUCACGUUUAGUACAACUUGGUCUUCACUGGAUGGGAGCCACCCGAUUGUGCCAUGGUAUAGUUCAGUUUGGUUUCCUGGCCAUAUCCCUAAGCAUGCUUUCUGUCUGUGGCUUGCUUGUCAUCACCGUCUUCCUAGUCAAGAUCGAAUGCUAUGGAAACAUGAGCCUCCGGACUUGGAAUGCUCUCUCUGUAAAAACUGCAUGGAUAACCAUAUCUAUAUCUUUUUUUAG